UUUUAUUUUGAUAAUAUUAUAACAAUAAAAUGAGCGAAGAUGGAGAGACCAAGGCUGAAAAGCCCCUUACCAUGAAGGGCUUUGAUGCAAUCUAUAGGGCACUAGACUCAAAAGCAGCCCAUACUUCCUUUGGAAAUUUACCACUGUCUUAUGAGAAAACAGCACCAAAUUUUGGAUUUGGGACUCAGAAUAAAAAUGAUGGCGAUAAGGUCUUCAUGGGUGAAGAAAUGGCAAGGAAUAUUAAUCAGGGAAAGCACUCUCCAGGGCCAGUCUAUGAAACUCAUGAUAAGAAUAAGUAUAAUAAGGCGCCUGGCUGGGGCUUUGGCUCUGAUGGUAAGAUGAAGAAGAUCAAACCCAAGUAUGACUUCUAUGAGAAUGAUCGCUUCUAUGAUGAUCCUGUUGAUGCUGAUCACAAUAGGAAAAAGAAAACAUUAGCUCCAAAGUUUGGUACUGAACCAAGAUUUCCAGUAAAUGCUUUUGAAAAGGUUCCAGGUCCUGGAUAUGAUCCGCAAGAACAGCCUCAUAAGAAAAAGGAACCUAAGUAUACUUUUGGGCAUAGAAGAACAAAAGGAAAUCAGAAUGCAUUAGUGAACCAGACUUCUACUACUAAGACUGUUGGGCCUGGUCGCUAUGCACCAGAGUCUUCUGUGAAUACAAGCAAUAAAAAGAAUAACCCAAGAUGGACUCUGUCUAAGGCUGGAAGGUUUGCUACUGGAAUCAAAGGGUAUGACAAACAUCAGACAUAUGAUAUUAAAGGAGCUGUAGGAAGGCAGCAAAACUCAAAGAAAAAAUCAGCUCCUUCAGCUCACUUUGGAACUGCGCCAAGAGAUAUAUCAGCAAAGAUGGGAACUUUUAAAGACGGCAUGACAGGGGCAAUGAAAGUCAAGAUGCCUCAUGCAAAGUGGUAA